GCAGUAGCAUCGAGCAGCAGAGUCCGCACGCUCCGGCGAGGGGCAGAAGAGCGCGAGGGAGCGCGGGGCAGCAGAAGCGAGAGCCGAGCGCGGACCCAGACAGGACCCACAGCCCUCCCCAGCUGCCCAGGAAGAGCCCCAGCCAUGGAACACCAGCUCCUGUGCUGCGAAGUGGAAACCAUCCGCCGCGCGUACCCCGAUGCCAACCUCCUCAACGACCGGGUGCUGCGGGCCAUGCUGAAGGCGGAGGAGACCUGCGCGCCCUCGGUGUCCUACUUCAAAUGUGUGCAGAAGGAGGUCCUGCCGUCCAUGCGGAAGAUCGUCGCCACCUGGAUGCUGGAGGUCUGCGAGGAACAGAAGUGCGAGGAGGAGGUCUUCCCGCUGGCCAUGAACUACCUGGACCGCUUCCUGUCGCUGGAGCCCGUGAAAAAGAGCCGCCUUCAGCUGCUGGGGGCCACUUGCAUGUUCGUGGCCUCUAAGAUGGAGACCAUCCCCCUGACGGCCGAGAAGCUGUGCAUCUACACCGACAACUCCAUCCGGCCCGAGGAGCUGCUGCAAAUGGAGCUGCUCCUGGUGAACAAGCUCAAGUGGAACCUGGCCGCCAUGACCCCGCACGAUUUCAUUGAACACUUCCUCUCCAAAAUGCCAGAGGCGGAGGAGAACAAACAGAUCAUCCGCAAACACGCGCAGACCUUCGUUGCCCUCUGUGCCACAGAUGUGAAGUUCAUUUCCAAUCCGCCCUCCAUGGUGGCAGCGGGGAGUGUGGUGGCCGCAGUGCAAGGCCUGAACCUGAGGAGCCCCAACAACUUCCUGUCCUACUACCGCCUCACACGCUUCCUCUCCAGAGUGAUCAAGUGUGACCCGGACUGCCUCCGGGCCUGCCAGGAGCAGAUCGAAGCCCUGCUGGAGUCAAGCCUGCGCCAGGCCCAGCAGAACAUGGACCCCAAGGCCGCCGAGGAGGAGGAAGAGGAGGAGGAGGAGGUGGACCUGGCUUGCACACCCACCGACGUGCGGGACGUGGACAUCUGAGGGCGCCAGGCAGGCGGGCGCCACCGCCACCCGCAGCGAGGGCGGAGCCGGCCCCAGGUGCUCCCCUGACAGUCCCUCCUCUCCGGAGCAUUCUGAUACCAGAAGGGAAAGCUUCAUUCUCCUUGUUGUUGGUUGUUUUUUCCUUUGCUCUUUCUCCCUUCCAUCUCUGACUUAAGCAAAAGAAAAAGAUUACCCAAAAACUGUCUUUAAAAGAGAGAGAGAGAAAAAAAUAGUAUUUGCAUAACCCUGAGCGGUGGGGGAGGAGGGUUGUGCUACAGAUGAUAGAGGAUUUUAUACCCCAAUAAUCAACUCGUUUUUAUAUUAAUGUACUUGUUUCUCUGUUGUAAGAAUAGGCAUUAACACAAAGGAGGCGUCUCGGGAGAGGAUUAGGUUCCAUCCUUUACGUGUUUAAAAAAAAGCAUAAAAACAUUUUAAAAACAUAGAAAAAUUCAGCAAACCAUUUUUAAAGUAGAAGAGGGUUUUAGGUAGAAAAACGUAUUCUUGUGCUUUUCCUGAUAAAGCACAGCUGUAGUGGGGUUCUAGGCAUCUCUGUACUUUGCUUGCUCAUAUGCAUGUAGUCACUUUAUAAGUCAUUGUAUGUUAUUGUAUUCCGUAGGUAGGUGUGUAACCUCUUCACCUUAUUCAUGGCUGAAGUCACCUCUUGGUUACAGUAGCAUAGCGUGCCCGUGUGCAUGUCCUUUGCGCCUGUGACCACCACCCCAACAAACCAUCCAGUGACAAACCAUCCAGUGGAGGUUUGUCGGGCACCAGCCAGCGUAGCAGGGUCGGGAAAGGCCACCUGUCCCACUCCUACUAUACGCUACUAUAAAGAGAAGACGAAAUAGUGACAUAAUAUAUUCUAUUUUUAUACUCUUCCUAUUUUUGUAGUGACCUGUUUAUGAGAUGCUGGUUUUCUGCCCAACGGCCCUGCAGCCAGCUCACGUCCAGGUUCAACCCACAGCUACUUGGUUUGUGUUCUUCUCCAUAUUCUAAAACCAUUCCAUUUCCAAGCACUUUCAGUCCAAUAGGUGUAGGAAAUAGCGCUGUUUUUGUUGUGUGUGCAGGGAGGGCAGUUUUCUAAUGGAAUGGUUUGGGAAUAUCCAUGUACUUGUGUGCAAGCAGGACUUUGAGGCAAGUGUGGGCCACUGUGGUGGCAGUGGA